UGGACCACAAGAGCCUCUAUAUGCAAAAUGAGAAGGUUCAAAGCUCCAUGACAGCCAGCGCAGCUUGGCACAUGCCCUGGCCUCAGACCUGCACAGUCUGAUUCUCUGUCCCAUUGGGUGGCUCCUGACUACUGCCCGGCCAUGUCCACUUACUUUGCAAAGCAAAUUUAACAAGUGGCAGCCAGUUUCUUGAAAUGAAAAUUUUGCUUACCACUUUCAUAGUCCCAGUUAAGGAGACGUCCAUGUAUCUUUAUUAACAGGCACUGAAGAACUUUGCAUAAUUUAAAAUGCCACUCAUGCCUAUCAGCGGAUGACAGCCUCAGAAAGGUGGGCCUGGAAGAUAACAACGUGCAGGCUGAGGCCCGGGAAGGACACUUUCAUCCGUCCUUGGCGGUUUUCUUCCACUGACUUUGAGAGGCAACUUGUGAUCUCCAAGAUGUAUGAAAAAAUAAUCAUUGCAUUACUAUUGUCAGGUUUUAUUUCUACAACAACAGCAACGUUAUCAACUCCUACCCAAGAAGCUUACAACUCAGUCAGUGAUGGUAUAUCAUCAGGCAGUGUUACCAGGGACCACCCUCCAUCAAUCGCUACUAGCAUGAAAACUACAGAAUCUCCUGUUUCCGCAAACCAAACCUUCCCAAAAGGGAGAAGAGAACAAAGAAAACAAAUUGACCACCUUUUCUCGGAACCAGUGAUAAUAGGCAUUAUUUUGUCAGUGAUAGCUGUUAUUGACGGAACUAUCCUCUUAAUUUCUUACUGUAUUUGCCGACUGAGGAAGAGAAAUCCAUCGGCUGCACAGCCUUCCCCCACACACGACACAGGUGUGCCUUUAAGUUCUGUUGAAACGGAAAAUCCAGUCCUAUAGAGAGAAGUGAUGAAUGAGAAUCUGUUCACCAAGCCAAAUUUUGGAAGAACUCAAAGAAGACAUAAGACUUCAAUCAAGUGAAAAAUUAACAUGUAAAUUGGACAUGCCAAUGAAUUAUAUACCUGCCUAAGUUGUACAAUUUCAGAAUACAGUUUUCAUCAUAAUAAGUUCUAGUGACUUAACCAUGGAAAAAUAAUUUCUAUUCAUUAAUA